GAGAGCGCGCGCGGGAGAAGUGGCGUCGCCAUGGCAACCAUUGCCUUGAACGUCGUUAACGUGCGCGCAGGCGCACUGCAUCCACUCGUAAUGAUAAUUAAACGGGGCUGUUGCGUGCGGCAGCAACCGUCGGAGCUGCGCCGCCGCUAGCUGCGACAGGGCGAAAGGAAGAGCCUCGGCGGACAGCGUCGCCUGCAGCGAGCGCGGCGGCGUACGAAGAGUGAAGCGGCGCGGCGGCAGCAGCAGCAGCAGCAAACGCCGAGCGCUGUCGUCGGAGGCGGCGUCGUUUGAGUGCGGCGCUCGCGCGGUCUCUCUUGCUGUUCGCGUGUGUGUGUGUUUGUGAGUGCGCCAAUGGCCGCAGACGCUCCUGCAUCUUGCCUGUGACUAUCGCCGACGUCGUAGUGUGGUGGUGGCGUCGGAGGCGAGGCCAAGCGACUGCGGCGCCGCCCUGGUGCUCACUGUGGGCGACGUCGCCGAGCCGCCGCGGCGAUCCAAUAUGGAGCUGGUGCGGCGGUCCAAGAAUUUCAGCGUCGCCGAAAGCGAUGCGCUCAUCACGCUGUGGAGUGACCCAGAGACGCAGAAGAAGUUUGACUCGGCCUACCGGCACUCGGUCAUCUGGGAGAUGAUUGCCAACAAGCUUCGCAUGCACGGAUACGAGCGCUCAUCCAUCGACUGCAAGACGAAGAUUAACAACCUCAAGGCGACGUACUUCAAGUUUCGCAGGAUCUACAGCGCCGGCUACCCGGUGGAAUGGCCCCACUGGCAAAAGCUACACGCCAUCCUGGGCAAGAGGCCCGUGCCGCACUCGUGGAACAACUAUUACGACGACGAGCGCACCUCGGAGAGCAGAAUCAGCCGGACUGAAAAUGGGAGCUUGCACUACGAUGAGCCGGAGAUUGAGUUCCCAGAGUUUCGUGCCGGUGACUUGCAGUUCCAGAACUUGCAACCGAUCAAGCUUCCUAUCGCACCAAAGAGAGAGCCCAUCGAAGAUAUCACCUUAGAGCCCGAAGUCAGCAUUUGCUACGACAAUGAGAAAUGCAACAAGCGCAAGUCGCGAGAUGAUCCCGAUGAAGAAUGCGACCAGGAUCCACGGAAGAAACGCAAGGAGGACGAGUUGGAACUUCUGCGAAGAAUCUUGAAGGUGGAAGAGGAAACACUCGAAUUGGAGAAAAAGAGAGCCCAGGAAGAGGCGGAGAUCAUGAAAGCUACUAUGAACUUUCUCGAGGCUGCCACUAGCUUUAUGCAGCGUGAAAGAGCAGAACGGCCUCGGGCCCCGCAAGCAACGCAAGGUCCUUCCACAGCUCGGCCCCAGACAUCAUCGGGCUCUUCCUACUGCAACGGCGUUGGUGGCUUGCCUGUUGUUGGUGCGCCACUCUACACUACACAGCCGUCCUUCUACUCCUCGUCUCCCGUAGACUCGCCUGGCAAGACUGACCCAUGAGUUGAAAGGGCACGGCACCGCUCCCAGGGGGAAAAAAAAAGGAGGUGGCAGUUUUUACAUCGUCAAAUGAGAUAAAAGACUGCAGAGCAAUGUCAGCUUUCUGGCCGCUCAAUUCUACCAGCCGCGAGAUGCGCCGAGGAUGAGGAUGUCUGCUAGGGUGCCCUACUCGCUCGGCCCCCACCGAAGGCUCCAACGAACAGUGCUGAAGGAGGCGUGUGUGUAAAGUUGAUGGUGAUGAAGAGUUACAGGUCUCCAGUUAUCACCAAUUCUACAACCACCACCACAAUAUAUACAUGGUCGGAGAGUACUUGCGUUAAUCUUGUACAGUGACUCUCGCAUUUCAGGGACACACGGACAGUCUCUUGAAAUGCCUUCCAGUCAUACCCAUGUGGCCACUGUGGGAAGCAGGGCCAAGUCUGUUCUGCAAUGGUCAGGUGAAGCAAAUAUGGCAGCUUAUGCGUUGACCCAUCGAGUUGUGGAGGACUGCACGGUUUGUGCAACAAUGCGUGCUCUGCCUUCCUAUUUGUUUGUUUGUUUGUGGUGUAUGUUUUUGAUGACAACUACAGCGUUUAUUUGUGUCUCGUUUGCUGAAUCAGUCUGCUGGAUUAUCAGCAAGAGUGUUGAAUAGUUCCUGAGUAUGCACAUUAUCCUAUGGAUAUUGCUUCGCUGUGACCAUCGUGAUGUGACCAUGUAAACUGAAAAGGUUGGUAGUAUGAUAGAAGAGCAUGGUAACGUAUAGAAUGAUUGAAGUGUGUUGUGAUGGUGGGUUACUGUCUCUCAAAGGUGAAAUGCUGGCAUUAGUCUGCUGACAGAAACUCUUUCAUUUAAAUGGUAAUAUUUUCAUAUCACUUAUUGUGAGCGUACAGUACACAAACAUCAGAAUUGAAAUUUUUGUAAAAACCUAAUGGAAGCGGUCAUUUUAGCACCAAUUUGGUAAGAAAAGAUCCUUGGAAAUGUCAUAUUUUAUCAUUUAAGAAGUGUUGCAUGUUAGAUGCUUGACAGGUGUUCCUCGUUUUAUUAGAGAAUGAGGGAAAUUUCGUGUGCCAGUUUGGUACAACUGCUAGUUUGAAUGAACAUGGGAAACUCUCGCUUCAGAAGAUAAGAAUCAGCAUUAGAAGUCUGCUUGUGAAGUGGCUAUUCUACCUUCAGUAAUGAAAGCCUCCGAGUAUGACAUGAAAAGUAAAUUGUAGGUGCUCACUCUUACAAAUGAGUUAAAGAUAUGCGAACUUGCACAAUUUAUUCAAUUAGACAAUUUUUUAGCCUUUUAAAUGUUUUAUUGCAUUGUUAUUGCUUGUCAAAGUGUAAAUUCUUGACAAGUGGUUAUAUUUUCACCCUUCGUGCCUCGAGAAGUGGCAACUCAUGGUUGAAAAGUGUUGACAUAAAAAACAUUUUUUUUUUUGUGGAAACAUGAAUCAAUGUACAGCCUGCAACUUUCACCUUUUUAUGAUUUCUCUUAAUUUGUAAACUGGAAACUAAACUGAUACAUAGGGAUUGGUGAAAUAUUAGUAAAAUCAAUGAUAUUCAAAGCACAUACCAUUGAACAUGCACAGUUUGUCAAAUGCAUCAUAUGGAGGACACUUUAAAUGGGAAAAUUUUACUGUUAGGAAAUACACCACUUUACAAAACAGUUCAUUUUUCAGGAACUUCGAUAUGUUGUGCUAAAAAUAAGAAAUGUCACAAACUCAUUUUCAUAUGCAGUACAGACACUUGUUGACAAAUUAGGUUAAUGUCUUGCUGAACGUAGUAUUUCGUGGGAGACAGUAACUGCCAAAAAAGUGCUGAACUUGUACAUUUUUAUCUGCAGUGAGAACUUCUGUCUGUUUGGAUAGAUAAAUAUGCAACAUGAUUUAGCUGAUAUAACCUUCACCUUCCAAAAACAAUUCAUUGUGCUUUUAACAAGACUUACGCGACAGAAGUUUUUGAGCAAUGCCUAAAUGUUGUUAAGGCUGUGAAACUCAAAAGCAAUGUCUUCUGUAAACCACUUUGCUGUACACAAAUCUCAGUGGCUGGCGCUAGGUGUUGUAGGGCACUAGGAGACCACUGGAAGACUGCCUUGAGUGUGUGGCAGCGUAUCAUGCAGCCAAUAAUUUAUAUUAGGCAUGUCGGCUUCCUAACAGGAAGCACACUGGGAUUCUAUUUGAGUGCGCCACCUUAGCAUAACAUGAGAAGUUUGGAGGUGGGGCGUUUCUUUCCUGAUACUUUCAGAAUAAACAUUAUAUAUAUAAAUAGCUAUACAUGCAGUAAAUACUUAUAGAAGACGAUGUUACGUGUCUGCUUUAGCUGGUUUUAGGCGAUGCUUUUCUCCCCGUGAUUGCUGUCUGUAGCUUGUUGGUUCAGCAGCAAGCUGCAGUGGUCUGUAUCAAAAUAUGCUGUUGCCAUUGUUGUAGAAUGCUGUUGGCGUUGCGUGAAAGAAUGAGAUAGAAGAGUGCUGCCCUGAGCAGUCACUGAGAGUCAGUCGAUUGCCAAGCUACCAGAUGUCUUCUUGAGAAAGCCUGUUGACCGCAUGCUGCCUAAUAUGGAAACAUCAUAUUUGGUCCAAGGAGUUUUCACCCAUUAUUGCUGCAGUUUUAAAAACUGUUUGACCUUCAGCAGUUUUUUUUUGUAAAAAGGAGUUCGUAUGAGACCUCUCGUUCUUGUCAGUAAUUUACUGCUAUGUCCAGCUUCUUGGAUCUACAGUAAAAUGCCCUUUUAAUAUUGGUGUAAAUGUCGCUGCCACAAUAAUGUGGAGGUUUUGAAAGUGCUAAUUAAGUAUAGGUUGUCCUUAGUUCUCUUAAUAGGUAUAGCUUUCGCAUCAGGUUCUUGUUUCUUUUUCAUUUGCGCUUCACUAGCAGUUGUGAUGUUCUUUUUGCCUGGCAGCUGCACAGGCAGCACAAGCCUAAAAAACAUUGUUUCAUCUACCAUUAGGGACAUUUAUGUUCAACGCUGUACGUUGCAUAUGUAUGCUCAUAAUUUUUUUUUCAGAGGCACUACGAUGAAAAGCAGCAUUGCAUUGUAUUUCAAAUUUCUUUAAAAGUAGUGUCUGAGAAUAAAAAGCGAAAUCAGAUUUGUGGCUGCAAAGGCUCGCAGUAUGUUAACAGGAUGUGUACAUAGUUAGUAGAGAUGUAAUGUGCCAGAAAAGUUCACAGUUACGAAUGGCAAUUUCUUCCGAUCUUCAUUCAUGACACAGCGCUUUGGAGUCUGUAUAACCGACUAUUUCUGCUGCCCUUGUGAACAAUUUAUGUGGUUUGAAAGUUGCGUAGUGUCCAGUGGUUGCCUCUAAGUAUGCCCGUGCUAUUCUUGAAAAACCCUGCUUGCAUCAUUGGGCACUAGAUGAACUUGCACUUGCGCACACUCCUGUAUUGCUUGUUUUAUGCUUCCAAUAAGUAAACAAAGUUCUCUUUGCAAGUGUU